AUCUAAUUAUAUAUAAAAGUUGUGUAUUUAAAUUUAACUUAUAUUUUGUACAUAUGAAAUUGAUUUUAUCUAAAUGAUUGAGGAGGAGAAUUAUAAAUCUAAAACAAAAAUAGAAAUAGUUUUGGCUCAAAAAAUAUAAUAUUAAUAAAAAGAAAAACAUAUAUAGACGGUUUAAAAUGGAUCAUAUUCUAGCUAACCUCGCAAGGAUAUUGUAAUUGACCAUUGUAUCCUGAUCUUCUUUCUCCCCUACCAAACCAGCCCACUUAUCGCUAAAACCACUGAAACUCAGAAACCCUGUCUUCUUCCCUUUUUAUCUAUUUUGAACUCCAAAAUGGCGAGCGAAAAUGAGAGUUCCAAGGGCGACGCAAUUUCUGGCCGCAGGAUCGCGUUGAUCACUGGCAUCACCGGUCAAGAUGGCUCAUACCUCACCGAGUUCCUCCUCAACAAAGGUUACGAAGUCCAUGGCUUGAUCCGCCGCUCUUCCAACUUCAACACGCAGCGGAUUAACCACAUCUACAUCGACCCCCACAACGCCCACAAGGCUCGGAUGAAGCUCCAUUACGCUGACCUCACCGACGCUUCCUCUCUUCGUCGUUGGCUCGACACUAUCCGACCCGAUGAAGUUUACAAUCUGGCUGCCCAAUCCCACGUAGCCGUCUCUUUUGAAAUCCCUGAUUACACUGCCGACGUGGUGGCUACGGGAGCCCUCCGUUUGUUGGAAGCCGUUCGAUCCCAUAUUGCCGACACGGGUCGGACCCAUAUCAAGUAUUACCAAGCUGGAUCGUCAGAAAUGUUCGGAUCCACUCCUCCGCCUCAAUCUGAAGCUUCCCCGUUUCACCCCAGAUCUCCAUACGCGGCUUCCAAAUGCGCUGCGCAUUGGUACACUGUCAAUUACAGGGAAGCGUACGGGAUUUUCGCCUGUAAUGGAAUUCUGUUUAAUCACGAGUCGCCGAGGAGAGGAGAGAAUUUCGUGACCCGGAAAAUUACUCGGGCCGUUGGCAGGAUAAAGAUUGGGUUACAGAGCAAGUUGUUUUUGGGGAAUCUACAAGCUUCUAGGGACUGGGGUUUUGCCGGGGAUUACGUGGAAGCUAUGUGGAUGAUGCUGCAACAAGAGAAGCCCGACGAUUACGUGGUGGCAACGGAGGAGUCACAUACGGUGGAGGAGUUUCUAGAAGUGGCAUUCAGUUAUGUUGGGUUGAAGUGGAAAGAUCAUGUGGUGAUUGAUAAGAGGUAUUUUAGGCCGGCCGAGGUGGAUAAUUUGAAAGGUGAUUCAAGAAAAGCAAGAAAGGUUCUUGGGUGGAAACCCAGAGUUGGGUUUGAGCAAUUGGUGAAGAUGAUGGUUGAUGAAGAUAUUGAGAUGGCUAAGAGAGAGAAAGUGUUAGUUGAUGCUGGUUACAUGGAUGCCCAGCAACAACCUUAAUUUAGAGCCUUUUACAGAUUUUCUACUUGCAUGAUAUAGAAGAUAUUAUUUCAUAUGACGUUUGAUUUAAGUCUUUAUGUUGUUUGGUUCAUUCAUUUCAUUAUUAAGCUUGAAUCUUGUGAUUUGUGACGGAAUGUUAGUAUGGAGCACAAAAUAAACAUCAAUCUCAAUGAAGAAAGAAUUAAGGGUAAAAGAA